AGAUGGCGGACUGCAUGGCUGCACGUUUGACCGCCCAGGAGGAGCAGAUCCGGCUCCUCACCGCCGAAAUCUCUGCUCUUCGGGACGGACUGAACGGCGGCGCUGACCACGCUGGGGUCAGUCCGGAGGUAGAGAGCCUGCGGGCGGAGAAUGAGAAGCUCAGGUACCGGCUGCUGCACCUCCGGAGGGGUCUGCAGGCUGAGAUGGAGAUGGAGGAGGCGCAGGGGAAGAAGCAGCCUGGAGAGAAGAGUGGCAAAAAACACCCACAGACAGACAGCAGAGCUGAUAACCGGGUAACAAGAAAUGCUGCACUAAUCCCAGACAAGAGUCCUGGUGAGAAAAACAGGAAGGAGAAGCAGCAGGAUAAGGGGCAGGUGGAUGGACGCGUAAAAGAGCUGAACCCAUGGCCUCCGUAUGUUCCUGAACGCCUCAGCCUCUACGAGGAGCUUAAGAAGGAAAGUGAUGCCCUGCUGGCGAAGAAGGCUGCAGGAAGUAAAGCCAUUAUUGUUGAGCUGAGUGAUGGCCGAAAGGUUCCAGGGAAGUCCUGGGUUACGACGCCCUAUCAGUUAGCCUGUGAUAUCAGCCAAGGCCUGGCUGACAAUGCGGUGAUUUCUCGAGUCAACGGGGAGCUCUGGGAUCUGGACCGCCCUCUGGAGCAGGACUGCUCUCUGGAGAUCUUACGCUUCGACAACGACGACGCCCAAGCUGUGUACUGGCACUCCAGCGCUCACAUCCUGGGAGAAGCCAUGGAGCGCUUCUACGGAGGCUGUUUGUGUUACGGCCCGCCGAUAGAGAACGGUUUCUACUAUGAUAUGUUCCUGGAUGGACAGAGGUCAGUUUCCAGCACAGAGUUUGGAGACUUGGAGGCUUUGUGUAAGGCUGUUGUAAAGGAAAAACAGCCUUUUGAGAGACUUGAAAUCAGUAAAGAGACGCUGCUAAAAAUGUUUAAGUACAACAAAUUCAAGUGUCGCAUUCUGAAUGAGAAAGUUACCACCCCAACUACUACAGUCUACAGAUGUGGGCCCUUGAUUGAUUUAUGCAGAGGCCCUCAUGUUCGACACACGGGGAAGAUCAAGGCAUUGAAGAUUUACAAGAACUCAUCCACCUACUGGGAGGGCCGAUCGGACAUGGAGACUCUGCAGAGGAUCUAUGGGAUUUCCUUCCCAGACUCAAAGAUGCUGAAGGAGUGGGAACGCUUUCAAGAGGAGGCAAAGAAUAGAGACCACAGAAAGAUUGGCAAGGAUCAGGAGCUUUUCUUCUUUCAUGACCUCAGCCCUGGAAGCUGUUUCUUUAUGCCGCGUGGAGCCUACAUCUACAACACGCUUACAGAGUUCAUCAGGGAUGAGUACUGGAGAAGAGGCUUUCAGGAAGUCGCCUCCCCCAACAUCUAUAACAGCAAGCUGUGGGAGACUUCUGGCCAUUGGCAGCACUACAGUGAAAACAUGUUUUCCUUCCCUGUGGAAGAGGACAUCUUUGCGUUGAAGCCAAUGAACUGCCCCGGCCACUGCUUGAUGUUCAGCCACAGGCCUCGCUCAUGGCGGGAGCUUCCUCUGAGGCUGGCAGAUUUCGGGGUGCUGCACAGAAACGAGCUGUCGGGGACUCUGACCGGUCUGACCCGAGUGCGUCGCUUCCAGCAGGAUGACGCCCACAUCUUUUGCAUGAUGGAUCAGAUCGAGUCAGAGAUGAAGGGUUGUCUGGACUUCCUCCGCUGUGUUUACGACGUGUUUGGAUUCUCCUUCCAGCUUCAUCUCUCCACCCGCCCAGAAAAGUAUUUGGGUGACAUAGCUGUGUGGGACCAGGCUGAGAAGCAACUGGAAAACAGUCUGAAUGAGUUUGGGGAACCAUGGAAACUCAACCCUGGAGAUGGAGCUUUUUAUGGACCCAAGAUUGACAUUAAGAUCAAAGACGCAAUUGGACGCUACCACCAGUGUGCCACCAUUCAGCUGGACUUCCAGCUGCCUAUUCGGUUCAACCUGACCUUUAUGGGAAAGGAUGGAGAUGACAAAGCGCGGCCAGUCAUCAUCCAUCGUGCCAUCUUGGGCUCAGUGGAAAGGAUGAUUGCCAUUCUGACAGAGAACUAUGCAGGGAAAUGGCCUCUGUGGCUCUCUCCACGGCAGGUGAUGCUGGUGCCCGUCAACCCCUCCUGUGAGGACUACGCCAACAAGGUGUCCAAGCAGUUCACAGAAGCUGGUUUUAUGGCAGACGCCGACCUGGACUCCAGCUGUCUCCUUAACAAGAAGAUCCGAAACGCUCAGCUGGCUCAAUAUAAUUUCAUCCUGGUCGUCGGGGAGAAAGAGAAGAUGACUAACAGCGUGAACGUGCGCACGAGAGACAACAAGGUCCACGGAGAGCUGCCGGUGUCUGAGGUGAUCGCUCGGCUCUCCCUGCUCAAACAGUCCCGCUGCCGGAACGCUGAAGAGGAGUUCUGAUGAAGAUGGAGGGAAAACAAACCAGAGCGGGUGGUUGCUUUCCUGGGGCGCGGAAGUUUAGUUAGAGGAGCAGUGAAUGGGGCAGAUGAUGGUGUUUGUUUGGACAGUCAAGCGAAAACCGACAGACAUGGAAAAUAAUCUUGUGUUUGUUAAAUGUUAAAAAAAGAGGAAGUUUUGCCGAAGAGAUCAUCUGUGAACUCUGGAGGGGAAACAGUAGGUCAUUUGAAGGAGCCUGAGCUGAUCAGUUAUAGAUGG